AUGGCAAAAUACGCCAAAGAGCCAGAGCUUGGGCUCGUGAAAUUGGCUGAUUUACAGCGGCCAGCUUUAGAAUUGGCAUCGCGGUUUAUCGAUGAAAGCCGUCGGCGUGAUGAGAACUAUCCUGAUUUGGAUCUUGUGGUCUCCUCCAAAGCCGAAGGAAAACCUCUGGUAGCUGAUCUAAGAGCUUGUCAACAGAACGCGGCUACUUUGCCUUUUAGCUAUACUUCCCAGACUUUGCCAGGCGAACUGUAUAGUCUCAUUUCAUCACCUAAUGCACAGUACAAUAUGGGCGUUUUUGCUCCCAUCAAUCGCGUGUGGGUCGCCCAGGGAAAACGUCUUUUCUUCUGGGCUUAUGGCACAGGUAAUGCAGAGACAGUGCAAAAUUUUGACGAAAUGCCUGCAAACAUUGUUUCAGUAGACCUGGUUCCGCCGCGGAAAGAUGUUUUCAUUGAAACAGUAAACUGGUUGUUACUGAUUUCCACCGCUGAGCAUAUGUACUUCUACGCGCUGUCCACAACUGACAAUGAUCUACAAGUUUUCGAUACUGGAUUGUCAGUUCCUCUCGGCACAGGUGCUCCACUCGUCAAGGCGGAUCCUUCCACCGGCCGCAUCUUUUUUGCUGGUGCCAAUACCGGUACUUCGCUGUGGGAGGCCUAUUACUCAAAUACUGAGUCGUGGUUGAGAAACAAGACAGGAAAGGUUUGCCAUUCCGGGCAAGGACUGCCAAUGCUGUCCUCCGUUUUCGGAACUCCCGCCCCAAAGCCUGGUGCUGAAAAAACUAUAGACAUGCAAAUUGAUGAGUCGCGAAGUCUCAUUUACACUUUGUCUUCUAAAUCAACUGUACGGAUCUACAGCUUCCGUGGUGCUAGUGGUGGUGUCUCUUACGAACAAAAAUACACCAUCGCUCAGGUUCAGCACCACUUGAAUGUGUCUGCUCAGCUUAAUUCUGAUAAGCCUCCUGGACAGCCCGUUGAGCCCAUUAAGGAUCUGCAAUUGGUGUCGAUCUCUGUAAUUCCUCGUCAACAGUCCAGUUUUGCUCGUCUGGUAGCUGUAACGGCAACAGGUCACCGUGUUUACUUCCGUUGCGACAAUUUCGCCCGGGAUCCUACAAGAACUUUCCAAGCUGUCUACUAUAAACGCGGCCCUGAUCUGCCCGUCAAGCCCCAACCGGCUCCCCCUGCAGCAAAUGGUCAGGCUUCCACCCCUGCUGUAGCCUCCGCUCCUCCUCUCACCCCGGCUCCUGCUCCUACUCCAGUAACUAUCCCUGUGGACGCACCAUCUCGUGUGAUUGAUGGAACGACACUAGUUGUCGGUGCAAACGAAACGCUUUAUCUUCACACAAUCGAUGCUACUCGCGUAUUCCACCACGUUGAUAUCGAGUCGAGGCCGGUAUUUGCUGAGCUUGCGGCCAAGCUUAAAAUUGACGGGCCCCUUUAUCAUGUCAGUAUGACUUCACCCUCUGCGGCCCAAAGAACUCGUGACCACCGCGGAUUCGACAAUCCGUGUGCCCAGCAAUACACAGAACGCCCUCAGCAGCUUGUGAUCCUCACCACCAAAGCUAUUUAUACAAUCCGGCAGCGAUCAUUUUAUGAAAGAAUGGAGGAAAGUGUUCUUCCUGCUUAUGGUCCCGUUGAAGUGUGUUGUGCGGCUUUGGCGACUGCCACGCGCCCUUCCAGUUUUGUUACGAAACAACAACGUGAACAGGCAGUUGCAGUCUUUUUCAGGUUUGGAGGGCUUCCUGUAUUCCAAAAGAAUUUUGAAGCAGCUCGCAACCCGCUGAUCGCAGACCCCAAAGCUGCCAUUGGCCGCGAAGCUCGUGAACGUCCUUCAGAGCCGUCAGGGCCCCAGCAACUCUCUAUUCUGCUAUCUGCUUUGGUUGAUGGUCUUGCUGUGUAUACUGAACGUCUUCUACUACCCUUAUGGGCCAAGAAGAUUGUCGGCGUUGGUGUGGAUCAAUCUAUAUCGAUUUCUGUUUCUCGUGAGAUUCUUGAAACAGCUCAUAGCGACCUGACUGGGCUCACAUCGUUACUCCAAAAUAACCGUGCGUUCUCUGACGGUAUGGGUUCUCGUCCUGCUUAUGCUCAGCAACUUUACGUUGGUGAUGUUUCAGUCUUAUCUCAAGCAGAGCACACUAGUCUCAAUGCGUUGUCUCAGCUUGUCAAAAGCUGCCAGCAGGGAAUUGCUUUCUUGUUGCUGAUUCUCAGCGAAAGCAGUAACACUCCUAAAGGUUUGGCUACAUUGCUCGGGUAUUUUUCUGCCACAAACCUUGAGAAGUUCAAGGUAAUGACAUUCCGUGAUUUCUUCGGCGAAGCCAAGAAUUCGGAUGUUACUCGCGAACUGGUUUCUUGUUUGGUUAACUUUGUUAUUAAUCGGGGCGACAGCGUCGAGUCUGUUGCCCAGACCCUUCAAGAACGCUGUGAAUCUUAUUGUUCUGCUAAUGACGUGCUUGUUUAUCGUGCUUUAGAAUACUUGCAUGCUGCUAAGAAUAUCCCUCCUACAACAAAGGGUGCUGAUUCGGAUGCUCGUAUGCGAAACCUUUACCAGAGUGUGGCUUUAUUCAAGCGUGCCGCUGCUACUGUGCAAUUGGACACUCUCAAGGAUGUUGUUAGUGAGUACAUUCAGUUCGGCUUCUAUUCUGGUGCUGUGGAAGUUAUCCUGGCUGUUGCUGCGGGCGUCGAUCCGUCGAAUGCGGCUCUUUCUUAUGUUCGCGAGGGCAAGCCUGCUAACGAUGUGCGUGAGGCAGUCUACCGUCAAAAGCACGAAUUUUACCAGCUCGUAUUUGACGUGCUAUCUAAAGCUGAUGCUGCGAGUGAGCAGGUGACCCAACGGAUCAUUGUCGAGAAUAAAGACGAGGUAUUCCACUUUGCCUUUUAUGACUGGUUACUUGCGAGCAAUCAGGCGGACAGAAUCGCCGGUCUCACCAGUCCAUUUGUGCUUCCAUGGCUUCAAAGCAGUGCAUCUCGCAAUCUUGAGGUAGCGGAACUCCUAUGGAAGUAUCAUCAGAAAAAUGGCGAUUUACUGGCAGCUGCCGAUGUACUUCUCGAGCUGGCUCGUGGAGAACUGCCCGUCGCUAUGUCUCAACGCGUAGAGUUCCUUUCGCGUGCCAUGGGCUAUUGUUCGUGUACGUUUCCUCCGGGAAUGCGCCAACAAGUUGCUAAGCUUAGUACUAUGGUACAAUCGUAUUUGCAGAUUGCUAUGAUCCAAUCGGACAUUUUGAUUGAGGUCGAGAAAGACUCCCAUUUGGGACCAGCAGUCAAAGAGCAGGCCAUCACUGCGUUGAAUCAAAAGCUGCUCUCUAUAACCGAGUUGUUCAAUGACUAUGCGGACCCACUGGGGUACUAUGCGAUUUGCUUGGCUAUUUUCGACGUGGCUGAUUUCCGUGAUCCAGUUGAGGUUCGUCGUGCAUGGCAAAACCUUCUUGACCGUACUCGUAUGAACGAUGAGAUUGAGCAAAACAUGCAUUACUCACAUGUCGGUACAUUGGUGACGAACUUGGGUCGAAGAUACCUCCAUUCUGAGUUUGUUUUCCCUGUCGACGAGCUGGUGCCUAUGCUUGAGCAGUAUGCAUUCGAGCACACACCAGGAUCACCUCGUGGUUGGGCUGCUCUUGCAUUUGUCAAUGCUGGUGUUUCAUGUGCAGUAGUUUAUGGAUUUCUCAUGGCUCUUUUGAAACAAGGCAACUAUCCUUUCAACUACGAAGACGCUGCCAGAGUCCUCGCUAACGAUAUCGACUACCUCAUCGAAGAAUGGACCGCCCGUGAUCAAUGGGAAGUUUCGAGAGUUGUCACCGAAGAUGAUCGGGCCCUGAUUCGCAAACAUCUAGUUUAA